CAGAUGAUGAGAUUGGGUCAUCAGCUGCAGACAGACAGGUGUGGUCCGCGGUGAGACAUUCCGACCGGAGCGGUGAUCUACAGACGACGUCAACAAGACCCGGUGACGGAGCACCGAGUACAACUAAAGCACCACAACACCUUCUUUAAACUGAAGUGAGAUCUCAUCGACUCGUCACCCAAACACCGGAGGAAGUGAAGAGAGAUCAGAGACCAGCUUGAAGGAACCUCAGCAGAGGAGAAGAGGAACGUCUCUGUUUCUCGCUUCUUUAUUUUAUUUUGAAGGGUUGGAGUUAAUGAGUGAGUGGUGGAGAAGCUCAGGACAAUAACUGAAUUCAUGAUCGUCAGAGGAACAACCACAAAGUGCCAAACCCCCCCGAUCACGUGUGGCCUUUAUCUGUGAAGACGCUGCAUUCAAUGAGGGCGGGAGGAGGGAGCGUCCACGCUGCACUGACACUACUGUGAAUGUCAAAACCGAUGAGUCGUCUCGAGUUGGAAACCCCCCGCUGGAGCGUUGUUGGGUGGAACUGGAACUAAGGUGGAAGCACGUGGCCGCAUGAACCAUGAACGCAGCACUCUGCAGCAGCGCUCCGUUUUCUGCCGGCUGCUGUGGCUCCUCUGCGAGGAUGACGUGAGCGUCUGAAGGUUAACGGGAUAAAACUACAAAAGCUACAAAAGUGCAGAAAUUCAACUGGAAUGUCCUCUUAUUGGCUCGGGGAUCUUUGGACAAACUGUUGUGCUGCUCUGAGCUCGUAGCAUCGGGAGGUGGAGGAAACCGGACCGCUGUGGGGGGAUCAGGAGAAUCUCCUCCUCCUAUGAAACUGAUUCUACGUGGAGAUCCAGUGAGACGCCUUCCAGAUGGCAGGGAAGGACUACAAUCAUCUCUUUAAACUGCUCAUCAUCGGAGACUCCAAUGUGGGGAAAAGCAGCCUUCUGCUCCGCUUCGCAGACAGCUCCUUCUCUGGCAGCUACAUCACCACCAUCGGUGUGGACUUUAAGAUCCGAACAGUCGACAUCGAUGGAGAGCGGGUCAAGCUGCAGAUCUGGGACACGGCGGGUCAGGAGCGGUUCAGAACCAUCACGUCAACGUACUACAGGAACACCCACGGGGUCAUUAUUGUCUACGACGUGACCAAUCCAGAGUCCUUUGUGAAUGUUAAGAGGUGGUUAAAUGAAAUCUCCCAGAACUGUGACAACGUCUGCAAGAUCCUGGUGGGAAACAAAAACGACGACCCAGCCAGGAAACGGGUGGAUACCCAGGAUGCAGUGCGUUUUGGGGAGUCGAUGGGGGUCCGUGUGUUUGAGACCAGUGCCAAAGAGAACAUUAACGUAGAAGAGAUGUUCAUGACCUUCACUCACAUGGUGCUCCGGGCCAAGAAGCAGAGCCAGAACCGAGCGGAGAGGGAGCGAGAGCGGGAGAAGGACACGGUCAACAUCAACGCCCAGAGAGACCGAGACCGCAGGAAGAGAGGGAGGAAGUGCUGCUGAGCCUCGAGAACGGACUCGCGAGAAGCAUUCAGAUCGGGAAGAGGGGCCUUAGUUAGGAGACAAGUGUUGCGUGUCUCAAGCUGCAGGUGUGACUGUUUGAGACCACCGCUCAUCAUUCACUGGAGGCAGAGGGACUGAGUCUGUCAGCACUGACUGCAUGAAGCAGCCUGGAGGUUCAAGAGUUAAAGGAUCAUUCUGGUGUUUUCUGACGUUUCAGCUCAUUUACGACCAAUCGCAUUUUAAAAAGCAGGCUGUUGAGAGGUUGCAACUAACGGGCCAGAUUACCAAAUCGGUUCCUCGUGUCCUCACUGACCCGUGAUGCUGUUCAUUGGUGCACAGAUGAGGUUUGGAGCACAUGUACAAACACUUGAUUUGAAUGAGCUUUAAGCCGUCAACUAUCUACUGUAAGGUUCUAGGAAUGAUGAAUUAUUAACUAACCACUAACACCAGAAAGCAGUGAAAAGUGUCGUCAGUUCCCAUGGUGAUGCCACCAGAACCCCAAAACAUCUGGGUCAAGACAUUUCACCUGUAGUUACCACAAGUUAUUGUAUGUGGUGAGGAGGUUCAUGGUCACCAGAGGAUGAAUCCCUCCAGCCUUUGCUUCAUCACUGGCAUUAAAUUAAACUUUCCACUUAGACAAUAAGUUUUCUAGUUCAUGAAAUGUAGUGAACCCCUUCGUCCCUAGAGGAGGAACCCCAUCGUCCCUAGAGGAGGAACCCCAUCGUCCCUAGAGGAGGAACCCCAUCGUCCCUAG